UUUCCUCGCGGCCCAACGUCAACAACGCCUGCCUGGAAAGAAGCCGCACAAAUUCUGAGGCUCUUCAUGAUGAGUUAUGCAGAAAAACCUGAGGACAUCACACGAGAUGAAUGGAUGGAGAAGCUGAACAACGUGCACAUACAGAGAGCUGACAUGAACCGGCUCAUCAUGAACUACUUGGUGACUGAGGGGUUUAAAGAGGCUGCAGAGAAGUUUCGCUUGGAGUCGGGAAUUGAGCCCAGCGUGGACCUGGACUCACUGGAUGAAAGGAUAAAGAUUCGGGAGAUGAUCCUAAAAGGGCAGAUCCAAGAGGCCAUUGCGCUGAUCAACAGCCUCCACCCAGAGUUACUGGACACGAACCGCUACCUGUACUUUCAUUUGCAGCAGCAGCACUUGAUUGAGCUGAUUCGGCUGCGUGAAACGGAGGCUGCGCUGGAGUUUGCGCAGACACAGCUGGCCGAGCAGGGAGAGGAAAGCCGAGAGUGCCUGACAGAGAUGGAACGCACACUGGCACUGCUUGCCUUUGACAACCCCGAGGACUCGCCCUUCGGCGACUUGCUCAACAUGAUGCAGCGGCAGAAGGUUUGGAGCGAAGUGAACCAGGCUGUGCUGGAUUACGAGAACAGGGAGUCGACACCAAAACUCGCCAAACUGCUAAAGCUGUUAUUGUGGGCCCAGAAUGAACUGGACCAGAAAAAGGUCAAGUACCCCAAAAUGACUGAUCUGAGCAAGGGGGCAAUUGAAGAUCCCAAGUGAAUCACAGCCUGGUACUGAUGCACUGUGGAGAAAACAGGGACACCAAAAAACUUCCUAUUUAUAACAACUUGUUGACUGGACCCUAUAUAUAUAAAUAUAUAUAUAUGUAUAAAUAUUUCUUUGCAUAUUGGAAAGAACAUAAUUAUUGGAUUGUGUAAAAUGUAAAUGACUGAAAUUUAAAAUGAUGCUUUGAGUAAAAAGCCAACGGUUAGUUGUUUAAGAUGCUGAGGUUGAUUUGAUUCAGCCUUACCUUUUCUUUACUGAACAGAUCACUCACUCGUUGACAUUUUUACUUUGGUGUAGUGAUGAUUUUAGCUUGUUCUAUUGCUUGCUUAAAUGCCACUUCUUUUUCACACCAAGUGCAUGAGGUGGUUUGUACAGAACUGUGUGUAUAUGGAAGACUGGUAUGCUUGGAAGAAAUACUUGUAUUUUGAGCCUAAAUUAGGCCUGAUAUUAGGGGAGUACAGGAUGCUGAUGGGGUGAUAUUAGGGAAGUCUGUUUUUGAGAGACUGCAGUAAACUUGGAAAGCAAUUCCCUCAGUUUCCAAAGGGGACAAAACACCACAACCAUAGGGGAUUCUUUCCUGGGUGGCUGCUGUAUGGGUGUGAUUGAGUAAUGAGUAGCUUAUAAACUGCCUGUUGAACAUGAAGCCUGUUGGUCAGCUCAAAUGCAGGCAUUUUAGAAACAGCUGGUCAUUAAAAAGAUAUUUUGUGUGAAUGAGAGAGUGACUGCCUCCAGCCUCAAUUGUGUCUCUAAGAGACGAGUGUCCAUGUUUCACUUCACCAUGUCCCCGUGCUGUCCAUUAUGCUGAAGAUGUUCUGCCUUGUGCAACCAAUCUGUGACCCUGGUCUUGCCCUGCUGUCCCAUGUGGGCAGAGCAGGUUGCAGUCUGGCCUUGACAGAGGAGCGUGUUAAAUUAGUGGUUUUGCUUUUGUAUUUGCUGAACAUAUGUCUGCUGUAUUUGUUUUAUUAUAAUUGUUUUCAAGGGUACUUGGGAACUGUUUGAGCCACGUUUGUGUUCAAAAGUUUUAAACAGUUUUUUUAAUUAAAUUUUAUUUCUCAUAACCUUAUUGUGGAGCUCAUGAAUACAUUUCCUCUUAAGGUUGUAUUGCAUAGCCAGACUAUAAUGUGACUACAGACAAUGUUAAAACCCCAACUCUGUUACUAUGAGUUUUUGCAGUCAGAUUUACAG